AUGCACGACGCCGCCAGCCUCGUCUCGGAGCUGCUGCAGAAGCUCUCGGAGCUCGAGCACAAGGUCGAGCUUCAUCGCCAAGACAUGGCCACCGAGUUCCGCAGGUACUCGCACGAGCUGCUGCGCAAUGUCUCUGACGAUGUUUCGGCCAAAGUCGAGAAGGCCAUUACCGACUCCAUGCGCAACUACCCUGCUCUCACCCCGGCGCUGGAUCAGGCCAACCCUAUCAGGCAUGAGUCACCGUCACCGUCACCGCCACCGCUCGGUCACACUCACGGCCACGGACAUGGCAACGACGGCAAGAAGCAGGAGAUCGGCGGCAACAACGUCGACACUGCCUCAGGCCGCGCCGGCAGACAAUUGCAAGGCACGCGCUCACCGCCGCCCCUGCUGCCUUACAACUCGGACACCCCGCCCGACGACAGUCCCCGGAGCCCACACGCGCGCGAGAGAGAGUUCCAGGGUUUGUUCACACCGAGUUACCUGCCCUUGCUUGAUGGCCGGGACGUCAACCUGUCGCCUUUGCCCACAGCAUUGCCUUUGCGUCAAGUCGAAAGCGGAGAGCUAACUAGAGACUCGACCAAAGCUGAGGCUGAACAGCCAGCCUCGCCGCCGCCGCCGCCUGUGGCCAACCUGCGACCGGAUCCCAUCAGGCGACCUACCGAAGAUACACUGUCCUCCGUCACCUCGGAUGAUAGCACAGUCACAAAGAACCGACGAAGUGCUCUGCGUCGUUCCUCCAGCUCUUCCACCAAGACACAGAGCCCUCGCCGCGUGCGCUUUGAAGUCGAGGGAGGGGAGGUGCUGCCUACCGCGUCGCCUCCAACUUCACCCAGACUAUCCGAUCACCCCUUGUCUCCACUUGCCAAUCCCACCAACCUCAUGGAUUCGGUCCCUGAUUCUGCGCCAGCUGAGGGUGAAAGGGACAACAUGGACUUGCUCGGCACUUCGCCGCCAUUGCCCAAGAAGGUUACGUCUACUGAUCGGCUGAAGGCGUUGGCGCGAAGUUCUAAUGAGGACACUUCGAAAUGGACCAUGGUUGGUGAUCUGCAGAACAUGGAUGAGGACGAGGAAGCGCUGAUCAUGGGCGGUCGCGCAAAAUCUGGACCCGCACUGCAGCCAGCUCCAAACUUUACUUCGGCACCGGUUCCCAUUCGCAAUGGACAACACACUGAGGUGAUUAAGGGCAAGGACGAGCCCAUCGACAUGGGCGAGGUUGAGGAUGAGGAUGAGGACGAGGAUGAGGAUCUCCUUGAGAUGCCUGCACUCAGUUCAUUCAAGGGCAAAAAGCAAUUCUCUCCGCCUAAGCCGACCAUCACUGUGCAUGAUACGUCAAAACCGGCAGAGACUGCCCCCACCGCUGGGAGCCCAGGUCAGAAAUCACCCCCUGAAGUUAGCUCUGAACGUGUCGACACAUCGCAUCAUGGCAUAGAGGAGGAUGAGGACUUUUUCGAGUAUGAGUUCGAUGAGGACGGAGAAGGCGGCCCCUCGAUGACCAAGGCACUGGAUGACAAGUUGAAAGCGCUUCCAAAAUACCUCCAAGAGACUGAGGAUGACGGGUCCGACGAUGAAUCCACGGCAACGACGCCAAAGGCCCAAAACUCGCAGUCGACUCUUACGAACUUGUAUUCAGCCUCUCCUGGGAUCGCAAUCACCCGGCCCGCGCCCCCACAAGCUCCAGCGCCGCCGCGUGCUACGAAUGCUGCGGUGGGCUCUUACAAUGGACGCCCUUUCACUAUGUCCAGCGUCAAAGACCACUCUAUACUCGAGAGGGCUGCGAAAAUGGGAGACGUGUAUUCUUUUGUUGGCAGUGUCGACGGCCGCAGCGGCGUCGACGAAUCAACCAGCUAUCGUCCGGAUGCUAGACUCUUUGAUGGAACUCCCAAGAGCCUUAGCGAGCGGAUGAUGAUGGAGGAUUUGGCCGAGGCGAGGAACCAAUCACCGAAAGAUAAUGUCAGCAAGUAA